AAUAACCUUUCUUUAUCGACCAUAUAUACAGAGGCCAUAUCACUAUCUUACAGCAGGUACGAACAAGUUGCCACAGAUAUGCUGGUGUCGUUUCUUCUGCUGGUCGCAGCUGUCUGCGUAAAUGGCAGACUUUAUAUUCAGGGUGACCAUUUUUACUACAACGGCCAGAGGGUAUUUUUCAAUGGCGUAAACCAGGCCUGGGUGUCGUAUGGCUACGACUGGGGGAAUAACCAAUACCAGUACAGACGAAGCAAGUUCCAGUCAGUCGUCAAUGACGUCAAAAACAAUGGCGGGAACUCUAUCCGUGUCUGGGUGCACGUUGAAGGACAAACUUCUCCGCAUUUUGACAACCAUGGUCACGUGACAGGAACAGACUCGAGUAACUCGUUAAUUCACGAGCUGACAGAGUACCUGCAAUACGCCAGAAACCAUCAAGUGUUUAUUUUCCUGUGUCUGUGGAACGGGGCAGAAAGGGGAAGCACCAACUGGAGACUGGAGGGGCUGAUCAAGGAUACCGGGAAACUCCACACCUACAUCAACCACGCUCUAAUCCCAAUGGUGAAGGCUUUGAAAGACCAGCCAGCAUUGGCAGGCUGGGAUAUCAUCAAUGAAAUGGAAGGAGUCCUCAACCCAAAUUUGCACAGCGGUGAGCCCUGCUUUGACACCACGUUCUUGGCUCCUUCUGGAGCUGGAUGGAAAGGUCACAUACACUCGGCUCAGGAUCUUCUGAGAUUUAUUAACUGGCAGGCGGCUGCUAUACGUAAGACUGACCCACAGGCCCUGGUAACGGCCGGUUCCUGGAACCCGAAAAGUAAUACAAACAUGAACGGAAUGAAGAACCUUUACAGCGACCACUGUCUUAUCCGCGCCGGACACGACAAUGCAGGAACAUUGAACUUCUAUUCCACACAUACAUAUGACAACAAAAAUACUCACCAGUACGACUCCUAUUCACCAUUCAAACACAACAAAAACCAGUAUGGUCUCGGCAAACCUUUGAUUAUUGCUGAAUUCAAUCAAGUACGGGGAGGACAUCAUUCUAUCGAAGAGCUGUUUACUUAUGCAUAUUACCAUGGUUACGCAGGGGCGUGGUCCUGGCACGCAAACGCGGACGGAAGUGAUACAGACGACUUCCCGACGCAGCAGAGAGGAAUGAGGUCCCUUAGGGGAAAGAAUGACCAGAACAAUGGCGGACUUAUAAACAUAACUAUCUGAAGAAAUGUAUAUAAACUGUAGAAAAUAAAUUCUUUUUAUUCAAAUAAUGAUAA